UGUAACAUAUGCUCGCGAAUCAUUCAUCUGUACCGAUUCAUUAAUCAUCUGUAACGAUAACACGUCGAGUUGUUGUGAGGUUGAAGAUAUGGAUAUCUCAUCAGAUGAUGAAAGUUCAAAUUCAGUAACAAUUAUAAACAACAAUAACAUUGAUUAUUCAAACAAAAACAAAGAAAUUGAGUCGAGUUGUGGUGAGAUUGACACUAUGGUAAUCCCAUCAGAUGAUGAAAGUUCAAAUUCAGUAACAAUUAUAAACAACAAUAACAUUGAUUAUUCAAACAAAAACAAAGAAAUUGAGUCGAGUUGUGGUGAGAUUGACACUAUGGUAAUCCCAUCAGAUGAUGAAAGUUCAAAUUCAGUAACAAUUAUAAACAACAAUAACAUUGAUUAUUCAAACAAAAACAAAGAAAUUGAGAAUUUGGAAACAUUAAUGGUAUUGAAAAAAAUUAUUUUAAUGCAUAUGGAACAUAUACUCGUGAAUCAUUUAUCUGUACCGAUUCAUUAA